GUUCACAUACAAACAACUGGCCAGUGUCUCAAAGUGGAACCCAGUCACAGUGAUCAUAACACUUAAGCUUCAUAGAAACCAGCUUUCAAAACUUUGUCAUGUUUCUUUAUUUAUACUCUAAUCUAAUUCACACACCAGCAAAGAGAAAAGAAGAAGAUAAUCAAAGCAACCCUAUUUAAAAAAAAUGGUGACGUUAAUAUCAUCAUCUGCUUCAACACCAAAGAUAUCUUUUGAUUUCACCAAGGACAACAACUAUCCCAGCCUCAAUCUCCCUGUCUCUUCUUCUCCUUCUUCUUCUUGCUUGAGAAUCAAGGAAGAAGCUGUUGUCGCAACCAAGACGCUCAUGGAACCCUGCAACCCCCUAAUCAUUAACAACAAUCCUAUAGAUGAUCAGGAGCUUGGAGAUGAGAAGAAGGUGGUUAAGAAAGCUCCUGAAGAACCAGAGAUUGGUGUGUUUGGAGCUGAGAAGUACUUCAGUGGAGACAUGGAUUCAGACCAGAGUUCUAGUGUUCUGUCUCUGACAAAACCCGAAGUUGAGCGGUUUGUUGUUGAAAUGAAGCAGACAGAGAAGAAAUCUACUGGAACGGCGAGUGUAUGUACUGAAUCAAGCUGGAAUAGUCAGAGCUUGUUGCUUAAGAACAAACUGGUGAAUAGCUGCAACGGUUCCUUGCAAGACAAGAAGACUAAUAGUGGUCAGAUUCAAAAGGUGAACAACAAUAAGAAGAGCUUUCUCUCAAACCUUAGGUGUAAAUGCUGUUCUGAUGUGGAUGAUAAGAUCUCGGUUAAGAGAAGCUCUGCUUCCACUGGGAGCAAGAUCGAGAAUCAGAUGAGUUCUUUAGUGAAUCUGAACACAGAACUGAUCAAGAUUCAGAAGCAAGAAGACUUGGUGCAGAGGAAGUCUCCUGAAGUGUUUGGAUCUCCUGUAACUAUCGAGAAGAAACUCACAAUGCCUCCAUGGGAAUCAAGAAGUGAAGGGAGUGAUUCUAGCUCGGAUCUGUUCGAGAUAGACAAUCUUACAGGUAAACCAAAACCUUUUCUUACAAGGCAAGUAAGUGAUUAUGCUCCGAGCGAAGUAAGCAUAGAGUGGAGCGUAGUGACAGAAAGUGCAGCAGGUUUCUCUGUUAUGUCAGAAUGUGCAACAAGCCCUGUAAGAAGAAACCGCUCUUCUCAUAUUCCUCGGGUCCCUACCAAAAAUGCACCGCAGAUUCGGAAAACGAAUAGCAGCAGCAGAAGUGGUGGUUUCUUGUUGAGCUGCAAGAGUUAUAAAUCUGUUAUGGUUUCUGGUGAUUCAGACAGAAGAAGUAGCAUGAACAAGAACAAGACAUCCCCAAGUUAUGUUCCAAGAUUCCCAAUGGAGACUACUAAACCUAAGAGUUUUGAAACACGAAGAAAACUCACAGUAAAACUGUAAAACUUAUGUAAUGUCUUUGUUGUGUUCUUGAUCACAAAAGAAAACUCAAAAAGGGGAAUUUGGUUAGAAAGUCAAAAACAGCA